UCUCCGUUCUGCAGUCACAGCGCUCAGAUUGACACCCGACUGAAAACAUUUCUGAUGGACUUCAGCUGAGUUUAGAAGGACUGAGACAUUUCACGUAAGGUGUGAAGGCAAACGCAUUGACCGGCUGAGAAAUGCCCCAUCGGCGUGUGGAGUCUCUCUGGAUGAAGCACUUUGGUGCGGGUGAUGCGGACGAGAGUCAGGGUUUGGUGCCGAGGGAUGAACUGGCCGAGUGCAGGUGCGAUUCCCCUCCGGAAGAGGACAGCGGCCCUCUCCAACGGCCAAAAAUCUCAACUUGGGAAGCGGGCUGGAACAUCACCAACGCCAUCCAGUUAAAGCUGACACUAAUAUUUAGAGGCGAGGGUCUCUUUGUGUUGGGUCUUCCGUUCGCCCUGCAUCAGAGCGGUUACGUGGGUCUGAUUGUGAUGAUAUCAGCCGCGCUCAUCUGCAGUUAUACGGGUAAGAUUCUGGUGUCCUGUCUGUAUGAAGAGGACGAGAGCGGCCGUCCGGUCCGUGUCAGGAACACAUACGAGGACAUCGCCGACGCCUGCUGCGGAAACAUCUGCCCCGGCGUCGGGGGGAAGCUGGUGAACGCCGCUCAGGUGGUGGAGCUCACCAUGACCUGCCUCCUUUACCUGGUCGUCGGUAGCAACCUGAUGUGUCACAGCCUCUUCUUCCUGCCCGUGACCCCGGCGACCUGCUCCGUCAUCAACUUUCUGAUCCUGCUGCCCUGCAUGCUGAUCCGUGACCUGAGGGUGGUGUCGCGUCUCAGCUUCCUCUGCUCGCUGGCUCAGUUCCUCAUCACCUUCAUCGUGAUUGGCUACUGUCUCGGGCAGUCGGCGCGGUGGGCGGGCAGGGGUCUGAGUGCAGUGGCCGUGGACUUUGACGGGUUCCAGGUGUCAGUGGGGGUGAUCAUUUUCAGCUACACGUCUCAGAUUUAUCUGCCUCCGCUGGAGGAGAGCAUGGCGGACAGACGGGACUUCAGCAGAAUGAUGGACUGCACUCACGCUCUGGCCUGUGUACUCAAGACCGCUUUCUCUCUCCUGGCCUUCCUCACAUGGGGAGAACAAACCAAAGAGGUGAUAACAGAUAAUCUUCCCGUGGCUGUGAGCAUGAUGGUGAAUGUGUGUCUGCUGGUCAAGGCUCUGCUCUCGUACCCGCUGCCGUUCUACGCCGCAGCAGAGAUCCUACAGAACAGCGUGCUGAAGACGGACACGUCAUCUGGAGACGUCACAGAGAGACAGACGCUGCUCCUGCGUGCCUCUCUCCUCGUCCUCAUCCUCGUGAUGUCACUGUACGUGCCUCAUUUCUCACUGCUCAUGGGUUUGACGGGUAGCGUGACGGGAGCGCUCAUUACGCUCAUGCUCCCGGCUCUCUUUCACCUGCAGCUGAAGUGGACGCAGCUUCACAUGAGACACAAACUUCUGGAUGUGAUGAUAUUGCUGCUGGGCUGUUUCUGCAGCAUCUCUGGCCUCAUCUGCUCCAUUAAAAGAAUUAUAACAGCGUUUGGAGACAAAUAGAGCAGCUGUCUGUCUGUUGAUUUAUCUUCAGUGCUCACAAAAUGACAAACCUGUGAUUCACUCAUUCAUUCCUUCUGUCAUCAUUUACUCGCCCUCUUGUCAUUUCAAACCUCUAUGACUUUCUUUCUUCUGCAGAACACAAAGGAAGAUAUUUUGAAAAAUGUUGGUAACAGAACAGAACAGAACAUUCACUUCUAUUGUAACCACUGCAAGUGAAUUAAGGCCGUUACCAACAUUCUUCAAAAUAUCUUCUUUUGUGUUCUGCGGAAGAAAGAAAGUCAUGCAGGUUUAAAAUCACGAGGGUGAGUAAAUGAUGACAGAACUUUCAUUUUGAAGGUGAACUACUCUUUUCACAUAUUUGUUGAAUGAUAAAAGAAUUCAGAAUCUUAGAGAUGGCCUGUAAAUGGCGUUAGCUGUCACGAAAGAUCAUGUGGUCUUGUUUUUAGAUUUCGGAUCUGAAAUCACAUGUUCCAUUCACAGCAGAACACAUGUCUGAAAUGAAAUAAAGGAAAUC